GGCUUUAGGUUUUUUCAUCAUGAUGGUUGUCUGCUAAUACAUCAUAACCUUUUCCAAAAAUGUCACGACUAUUGAACAGGUUACUGUUCGAUAGACUUAUUUAUCUUUUACCUAAAAGCGGUAAAAGAUUCGCCGGUCAUAGCAAAUGGCAGAAUAUAAAGCACAUAAAGGAAGAAAAUGAUAACAAACGGAUGGUGCAGUUCUAUAGUCUAAAGCUGCAAAUGAAAGUUGCAAUACUUGAAGGUGGUACUACAAACCCAAAUAAUAAUUUAAAAUUAUCAAAAAUCAUUGAACGAGCUAAAAAGGUAAACAUGCCUGUGGCAUCAAUAAAGUCUUUCCUUGAUAAAAUGGAAACACGGAAAAACAAGACUCAGGCAGGUGUAAUAGAAGUUCGUGGGCCAAGUGGUUAUACCAUGGUUGUAUCUUAUAUGACAGAUAAUCCCAAGGCAUUUCUAAUAGAGUUUAAUUCAAAACUUAAAAAAACCAAAGGGAAAGCUACAGAUUCGUUUGCCAAAAAUAUGUUUAUUCAUAUAGGCAGUAUCAAAGUUGAAAAGAAAGGUAAUUUGGAACAAGCUAUGGAGGAUGCUAUUAAUAUCGGUGCAGAAGAUGUAGAGGAAUUCAAAGAGAAUGAUAUGGAAUGUUUCCAGUUCAAAUGUGAUCCGAAGUUUUUAAACAAAAUAAAAUGUCUUUUAGAAGAUCUUCAAUACUAUGUACUUUCAAUAGAAGAAGAUUAUAUAUCGCCAACUGUAAUAGAAUUAAAUGAAUCAGAUUUGGAAGCUGUUUCUUUAAUCCAUAAGAAAAUUUUGAGUUUAGAAGAUGUCACUAAGAUACAUGAUAAUUUAGCAUAAAUAUAUAUGUAUAUAUAUUUUUUAAAUAUAUAUAUAGGGGAGAAUGUCUCCUAAAUCGGACCGUGUUCCAAAUCGGACCUUUUUAAUUUAAAUAAAUACGAUUGAGCAGA